ACUGGACUGACUCGAUGGCCUUAUAAAUCCCUUCCAACUCUACUAUACUAUGAUUCAAUGAAACAGCCACCGGGAGCCACAUGGUUGAAGGACUUCUUCCCCCAUCUUUAGAAUCUCGCUCCGGAACAGUUACAUUUGUUAGGAACUUCAGUUUUAAUGGGGUCUUCCCCUCGUCCCCUCCCCGCUCCUUUCCCCCUUAAUGUUCACUCUGAAAAAGAAUUCUGAAGAGCUCGAAAAUUACUACUUUCUGGCUUUCUUACUUUAAUCCACCUUACUGUAGCUUUGAAUUUCUUAGGAAAGAAGAACUGACGUCUGAGUCUUUCAACAGGAAGCCAAAGAGCGCCAGUCGCCCUGCUGGCAUCGCUGGGUUUAUUUUUUAAAAACCGUAAUUUCAGGCUUCUUCCUCGCUGGUCUCUUUACGCACGUUGCUUGCGCCCGGCGAGGGUGUGCAUAUGCGGCUUCACUUUGCAGGGGAUUGCGCCCUCCUUAGCAACCAGCAACUUCUCCCGGAGCGGGGGAAAGAGAGGAUCUCUUUCAGCAGCUCUUGCUGAGCGAUCCACGAGGAGAUCCAAUCAGAGCUUUUCCUCCCACGUGCCCCUUUCGGCAGCUGAUCGUGCUUCAAAGAGCUCUGUAAAAGGACGAUCCCAGCUCGACUCGCCCGCAGGAGCCUGGCAAAAGGGAACUGUUGACGCCUCACGCAGUGGGGGCCUUUCGGUGCGCCGUUCUCUCUCCAAAAUCCUCCAGGACAGCCUUCCUUGGGAUGGUUCGUUUGCCAGCUUGAAAUAAAGUCCUCGGUAGUCGGCAGGCUUCGAUGCUUUGCCCAAGCCAUGGCUUUGGGGCUGGGCGUCCUACUUAGGCGUUUCUUGUGGCUUAUUUUGGCCCAUCACUUCAUUGCAGUCACUGCAUGCCAUGAUGCCGCCUAUGGGCAGCUCAUCCAGGAAUUUUGCCUCAGCAAGUUUAAAUCUGAUAUGGAAACUCUCAGGACGACGCUGUGGUGUGACUGGGAUAAGACUUUGGGCUGGUAUGGGGAGCUUACCAAUUGUACCUUCCUGAUUGCUGCGAAACUGGAUUGUUACUGGCCAAACCAACUUGUGGACGAGUUCUUCAUAGCGAUUCACAAGCACUACUUCAAAAACUGCCCUGUGUCAGGAAGGUCUUUGAGAGACCCUCCUAACACCAUUUUGUGCCCAUUCAUUGUGGUACCCAUUUUUAUCACGCUACUCAUGACGGCACUGGUCGUGUGGCGGAGCAAACGCAGUGAAGGCAUUGUCUAAAGUUCUUCAGAACCCAAAGUCUCCAGCCCUCAGAGUCAGGGAACCCUGAUAAAGGAUUGAAAUUGGACACCAAGCAAGCUGCACUGAGGAACAGUUUUGCUACUCCUUCUGUGGAAAUACAGACACACAAAAAAGAGAAAGUAUUUCACCCAGAGAAAAACGUUAUAACUAUCCACAUUCUCUAAAUAACAAGCAUUUUGCUAAAGCCAAGAAAGCGCACCAAGGACUAAACCACUUCCCUCAGUCGCCAAAUCCUUUCUUGUAUCCAUGAUUUGGCAUGUUAAGGGCAUGUCUGCACCAGUACCUCCUUUCUUUUUCCUUUGGGUUAUCUGGGUUUCUCUCAACGCCUAUCUAUAUAUACUUCCUUUGAGAUUGUGGGCUGUUCUUUGGGUGAGGUAAUUUGCAGGGUGGGAACCACAUAGGCAACUGUGCACCCUUAGGAGCCUGCCUACUCAUGUGGACACCCUCACGUGGAGAGCAAAUAGGAGGAGCACCUCCAUCUCUGGGAUUGAGAGGUGACUGGGGCCGUGUAAUAUCAGAACAGUUGCUUUUUGCUUUACAAAGGUGGAAAUGUUUAAAAGGAAGAAAAGGUAUCAAGACUAGGACAGCAGCAGAGCAGUGGCCAGAAUGACAAACUUGCAGGAUAUUUGCCCAAACAAGCAUACAUACAACUGUUACAUAAUAUGAAGGCUAGGGCAGCAUGAAUGAAGUAUGAACUUUCACAUUUUGGGGAUAAAGACAGAGCCUGGAAAAGUUACAUUUUUUAAACUACAGCUCCCAUCAGCCCCAGCUAGCAUGUCCACUGGAUUGGGCUGAUGGGAGUUGUAGUUCAAAAAAGUAACUUUUCCAAGCUCUGGAUAAAGAUGGGGUACUAAUUAGGAUACUGUAGGAUACUUAUAGAUAGGGAUGGGGGAGAAACUUGAUUCAGUUUGCAUUUAAAGCCAAAUUUAUCAAAUUUGCACUUUCUGAAACAAUAUGAGAACAAAGCACAGCCAUCCUUUGAAAUUUGCACUUCUCCAACCAAGCAAUGUUUACAAAAAUAGAUAUGUUAGGGAAAGUGUCAUUACAAAUAUAUUAGUGAAAGUAGCAUAUAAAAUGCAUUAUAUAUGAAAAAAUUGCUUGCACAAAAUGUGCGCGUUAGUCAAAACUGCAUACAAAAAUGUAUUUAUUAGGCGAAAUUAGCACUAAAAUGUUAACAGAUUUUCAGGAGGAUUUAAAAAAAAAACCACAGAUUGCUGCAGAAAUGUAGAGAACUGAAUUUAAGAUCAGAAAAAUGAGAAACUGAGGGAACCAAAAUUGACAGAUCACUCCACAAAUCACAAAACAGCUCGUGGAGGCAUACACCACAUUUUGUUUACUGAUUUAGAGGGGGGGGGAGCUCUAGCAAAUUAUUAUUUAUAUAUUUUGCCAGUAAUCAGCUGCAUAGUAUAUUCUGUGAAGUACUACUCUAUAGAAAUUAAAAUAUACCUUAGAACUUUGAGAA